GCCGGAGGGCGUUCCGUUGGAGAUCCUCCCGCUUGACGAGGACCCCAAGUUCCACCAGAUGGAGGCGGAGCGUGCGAAGCUGAAGGCGCAGGACCCUCGGCGCAACGAACGCAAGGUGGCCGACCUGGAAAACGCAAUGAACGACCGUUGUCACGAGCUUGCCUGCGAUCAACUGCGUGAGGACUUGGCUGGUGUGGACAAGGAGCCCCGUGACAUCCCUCUCGAACUGCUGCACCCUCACGGUGAUCCGGCCUUUGCGGCGUUGGUGAGUGACAUUCGGGAACUGAAGAAGGACCGUAGGAAGAAUGCGGAUGCGAUUGAGGGGAUCGUACGUGCGAUGAACGGGCGCGCCGACGCGUUGGCGGCAGCGCAGCUGGACCGUGGCUUCUUGGACCCCGAACCGGCAGGCGUACCUCUGGAGAUUCUGUCGCUUGACGCGGAUGACGCAUUCCACGCGGCGGAGACCGAGCGUGCGCGACUUAAGUUGAGCGACCCCCGGCGCAACGCGGGGAAAAUUAAAGAGCUCGAAGACGACAUGAACGCUCGGGCGCACGUGCUUGCAGGUGAGCUCAAGGAGAAGGAGCGAGAAAUAUUUCUCGACCCGCAACCGGGGGGUGUGCCGGUGUCUGAGCUGCCGCUGGAUUCGGACGAGUCUUUCCACACGAUGGAGGUGGAGCGCCUGCGUCUUCGCAACGAAGAUCCGCGCGGCAAU